UAUGUGCUUAUUGGCGGGUAAUCACACAACUGCGUCAUCGACUCCAUCAGUCCCAACCGAGUAUAUAAACCUCCUAACAAGCCUUGAAAUUUGAAACCUCUUAUACAGCUUCCCUUUCCUUCUACAACCACCUACAUCUUACUCUGCAAUGGACUUCUUGAACAAGAACAACGACAAUUCCCAAUCACAACAACCUCAGCAAGCGACAGGCCAAGGAGCUGGCGCUCCUGCUGGUAGUGGAGGAGGCAUCAUGGGCAAGUUUAAUAACGCUUUGGGAGGUGGUGCUUCUGGGGAAAAGAAAGAGGAUGCUUUGGAUAAAGGUGUUGACUAUGUCCAAGAACAUGUCUUCAAACAAGGCCCCCAGACCAACGAAUCGGCCGCAGAACAGACGAAAGACGAGGCUAUUUCGGACUCUAUCAGGAAUCAGUAUAAGAACAUGUCGGGGAAGGAUUUCCCUGUAGCUGACAAGUAGAGGUGAGGAAGAAAGAUAAUGAAGAUUCUAGAAACCGAAUUUGUAUCUCGCGCAAGGAAAUCCCGGACGUUGGAAGAAGUUUUUGUAUACGUAUCAUAAAACUACAUGUUAUUCAAUCUGUUCGUAAUUAUUGUUCUCGUUGACGGAGUUGUAACCGUAACGAAAAGAAAAGGUGCAA